GGGCUGAAAAUUGUCUCGAGUUAUUGCUCGCAGCCACUGUUUUAACAACCCAUCGUCUUUUGGGAAACUGAACACACUCACUGUUGAUUUUCCACUAUAAUUUCCUUUGCACUUGAGUACACAGCACUUAUAGGGCAUUUUACAAUAUUUAUUUAAAAAACACAGAUAUAAAACACUCAAAACACACUUUGGAGCUUAAUUUUAGAGCCUGCAAUCGAUUACAAUCACCGUUAGCAAACUUACGAACCACUAGACAUCACGAAACACAGCAUCUUCUGUGUUAUGUGCGCUGUGCCGCUGUAUCAAUACGGUGUCGCUGUGUCAACACCUGAAACGCCACUGUGUUACCUAGGCCUAUCAAAAACUCCCCAAAAAUUCCACAUGCUAUCGCUCCAGAUACGUCCUGUACACGAACGGCGAGAAGCAGGUUUAUAGUCAUACUCAAACUGACUGGUUGAGGCAAAGCAUUUGGGACCCCUUGAAGGAAGACAUGCUGUUGGUGCAUGGAUAUGCUGGAGGCGACGACACUUUACCAAUUAACGUCCUGAGAGAUGCGUACAUUCGGAAUGGCUCCUACAACACCUGGGUGCUCGACUGGGGGGCCCUGGGCGAAGCCCCCUGCUACCGGGCGGCUGUAAGCAACAUGCGGGCGGUGGCUAGAUGUACCGGAGACUUUCUGACCAUGCUCAGAACCGCCGGAUUGCCUACGGAAAAACUCACCUGCGUAGGGCAUUCGUUGGGCGCUCACAUAUGCGGCUUGAUUUCCAAGUACGUGCUGUUCCGAAUGCACCGGAUCGUCGCUCUGGACCCAGCCAGGCCGUUGAUCACCAACCAAGUGAAGCUGAAUUCUGGAGACGCUGCAGCUGUCCAUGUGCUGCAUACGAACGCAGGCCACUAUGGGGAGGGCGGGCGUGGUGGGCAUGUGGAUUUUUGCAUCAACGGAGGCCGAAUCCAGCCCUAUUGCGAAAAUGGCGAUAUUGAUGCCCAGUUGUGCAGCCAUAUUUGGGCGAUUUGCUACAUGGCGGAGAGUUUGGUGCCUCAUUUGCAGAAGAAGGCGGAACCAUGCGCGAGGAGGUGCCCAUCGGGGCCCAGGCCUGGCAACAGAGUGGGCAUCCCAAUGAUGAUGGGCCAGUCCACUCCUCUGACAGCUGCAGGCUCUUAUUGCAUACACGAUAAGGAGCCUCCCUACUGCCCGAAGAAAGCUGGCCACAUUGGCGACUCCAGAUGCUGCUUGAAGCCCCCAGAAUCUCCGCCUCCUGCAAGGCGCUUUUGGGGCUGAUGGGGCGUGGAAUUACCCAAUUUUUGUACAUAUAGCGGGAAUUUACAUUACGGAGACUUAAGUAGGUAUAUGGGGUGAUUUGUUCAUGGACCUGGAUGGCUUGGGGGGUGGAGGAUGGAGCAAACUAAUCGUUUUCUCGGGGAGUUGAGGGGAAAACAGACUGCAGUCCAGUGCGCAUUUAUAGAUGUAAAAUGAAUAAAUUUCUGUUUUUACUUG